AUGACCCCAACCCCCAGCAUCGAGAAGAAGUCCACCGCCAAGCUGCAGGACGCUCGCACCGUGCGCAAGAUCGUCAACGUGGACGACCACAUCUGCCUGGCGUUCGCCGGCCUGACCGCCGACGCACGCGUGCUGAUCAACAAGGCGCGCGUGCACUGCCAGAGCACGAGGCUGUCCCUGGACCAGCCCGCCUCGGUGGAGGGCCUGACCAAGUACCUGGCGGGGAUCCAGCAGAAGUUCACGCAGAGCUCGGGUGUGCGGCCGUUCGGGAUCUCGACGUUGAUCGUGGGUUACGCCACCAAUGGCGAGCCCAGGCUGUUCCAGACGGAGCCCUCGGGGACGUACUCCUCGUGGAAGGCCAGCGCCAUCGGCAGGAACUCGAAAACGGUUCGAGAGUUCCUUGAGAAGCACUACACUGAGACGUCUGGGCAGGAUACUGUCAAGCUCGCCCUGAAGGCCCUUCUGGAGACCGUGGAACCAGGCAGCAAGACCAUUGAGCUCGCUGUGAUGGAAAAGGACACGGGCCUGCGGGUGCUGACAGAUGAACAGGUUGAUGCGCUGGUGAAGGAGAUCGAGGAGGAAAAGGCAGCAGCAGAGGCUGCCAGGAGAGGUGGUGCACAGGCCAGGCAGACGUAA